GACGUCUUGACAUUUCCCAGUUCAAAUAUCAAUUUGUGUGUGAAAAUAAAAUUGUAUCGCGCAAUGGCUGAAAGUAGACCGUAGACGAGACGUUUAGUUUAGUAGUGUAUCUCGGCCGCUUUUAUCCUGUUCUUUCAUUAGAACAAUUCAAUUCGAUAUCGUGAACUCGUGUGGAAUUGUUGUGGACUAAUAAGUGUAUGAGACAGUGAAAAUAAAGUCUUUUGCUUUUCUGACCCAACAGUUUUGGGAAGUAACUUCGUUGGAAAUAAUCUUAUUGGUUCACGUCAGGCGACAUGCGACUGACCGGCUGCAGGCGGCCCCGACGUAACAUUAAUGCCGAAUCCACCCCCCUCGUUUAUUUAUCCACGUAGAUAGUGACAAGUUCAUUUGCAGUGCGUUGUGAAACACACAUGUGAAGUGAAGUGCAGUGCGGUGGUGCCGGAUAUAACCGGUCGGGAGCAGCGAGCGCCGCGCGGAUCCGCCGCGAACCGGAUCCGGGCCCCAUGUUGGUGACGUCAUGGCGUUCAUGACGAAAAAGAAGCGGUACAAGUUCGGCGUGCAAUGCUGCCUCGAGGAGCUCACGGAGGUGCCCUUCGUGGCCGCCGUGCUCUUCGCCAAGGUGCGCCUGCUGGACGGCGGCAACUUCCAGGAUCACUCUAGCAGGGAGGAGGUGCGCGCGCACGCGGUGCGGUGGAACGCGCAGUUCUCGUUCGUGUGCAAGAUGUGCGCCAACGCCAACACCGGCGUGCUCGAGCCGGCGCUGCUGCGGGUCUCCGUGCGCAAGGAGUGCAAAGGCGGGCGGUCGUACCAGAAGCUGGGUUUCUGCGACGUUAACCUGGCGGAGCUGGCGGGGUCGGGCGAGGUGACGCGCCGCUGCCUGCUGGAGGGGUACCGCGGCGACCGGCGCGAGGACAACUCCGUGCUGCGGAUACGCAUCAAGAUGAACAUGAUCUCCGGCGACCCGCUGUUUAAAGUGCCGGAGCGGGGCGCCGAGCGGGCGGCGGAGACGGAGAAGGCGGGUGUGGGGGCGGGGACAGGGGGCGGUGCGGGGGGCGGGGACAGCGGGUCGGAGAGCGCCGCCGCCGACGACGACGCCGCGUCCUCCACCGCCAGCUCCGGCUUCGGCAGCCUCACCAAGAAGCGGAACUACGAGGGUUCUCACUCGGCGCCGCUGUCGUCGCUGCCGUCGUGCGAGCUGCCGUCCCCCGACAGCGAGGAGCCGCCCCCGAUGCCGCUCCCACCUCACCCCGCCCUGCCCGCAGCAGACUACCCCGGUGUGACGGUGUGCGUGGCGGGCGCGGCGGGCGCGGUGUCAGGGGCGGCUAUAGCGGCGGGGGCGGGGGGCGCCGCGGGGAGCUGCGCGUCGUGCCUGCAGCACCACACGCACUCACGCAAUUCCUCCAACACCUCCGGCGACAUGAGCAGCAAGGCGUCAGGGUACGGCAGUUCAGUGUCAGCGGCGUCGGCGCACUCGCGGCAGAGCAGCGAGGGCGAGGCCGACCCGCCCCGACACCACAACAGCCGGCCGCUCGCCAAGCUGCUGCUCGAGCGCUCGGCGGCCGACAGCGCGGAGGUGUACCUCACCCCCAACACCACCCUCGCGCCCCCCUCUCCGCCCGACGUGGUCCCCCGACGCGCCCUCCUCGCGUCCCCCGCGUCCCCCGCGAGCGACGAGUACGCCACGCCCGACGCCACGCUCGUCGCCGACUCCCUCGACCGCCGUCGCAAGGCCGCCUCCGUCCUGGCCGAGGCCGAGCCGCUCGCGAGCUUCCAGAUCUGCAAGCAGAGGUCCCUGACCGCAAUCCCCGCGGCGGCGGAGCGCGGGCGGCGCGACGAGCUGUUCACCGACUUCCCCUUCCUCACGCCGCUGGCGCACCGCCGCACCUCCACGUCCGCGCGGCUCGUCGACGACGAGGCGGGCGACCUGCGUGGCCAGUUCCGCAGCCUCGCCGUCCGCCCGCCCGCCGCCGCCUCCACGCCGCGGAACCCGUCGUCGGGGUCGCUGACGGCGUCGGCGUCGGAGAGCGGGUCGCUGGAGCGCGCGCGCGCCCUCGCCCGACGACAGCAGCCCGCACAGGAUGAUCAGCACGCGGUGUCGUGUCGCGUGGAGAACACGCGCGUGAACCCGGACUCGCUGAUCGACGAGCUGCUCGCCGCUACCAAGUUUGAGCAGGCCGUCGACGACUCCGCCGAGACGUCGGGGCUGCAGCUGUACAUCGCGCGCGACGGCACGGCGGAGCUCGGCAGCCGGCAGCGCACGCACGCCGCACGCCGCGACUACCAGCGCGUCGUGCUGCAGCCCACCGACAACAGGUAGCCAACGGCGUGCGAGGGGCACGCCCGCAGCACGCAGUACAAACGUGAUACCUGAGCAGCGGCGUGACCCGCCGACCCGGGAGGCCCGGCAACCGGCGAGACCCGCGCCGCGACCCGCCGUGACCCGCCGCGUUUCGCGGUGUCCCGCCGUGUCCCGGGUCGCGGGUCGUCGUAUUUAUUUAUUGAUGAAGUGUCGGAGGUGACGUCGCGGACAGUAUUACACGAGAUUGGGCGCCGCCCGGACGAUCGUAUUUAUUGUUUGUAAUAUUGUAUCAUAAAUUAUGCCAUAAUGUUAUCGUUUUACGAGUCGUAUUUGUAUAUUGUUAUGUGAGUGAGUGUGUGGCGUCGCCGGUGCGGGCGAGGACAUUCCUACUGCGUGUGCUUCCCGCGCGCCCCCCCGCUCCCCGCGACUAUUUUAAAAUUAAACUUCACUUU